AGCGAACGGGCGGAACUGAGCUCACACAGACAGUAAGAGUCGGGUGUGCGGCCAAGGUCUGCGCUCUGUGUUUCGCUCGCCCGGAAGGGCAGCUGCGCGGUUGAGGUGACCGGGGACUGAGCCUUUUAGAUCUGCUUGGUAAACCUGGUGUAACACCACCAUGCUGGCCGCAAGACUUGUGUGUCUCAGGACACUGCCUUCCAGGGCUUUCCACCCAACUUUCACCAAGGCCUCUCCUGUUGUGAAGAAUUCCAUCACAAAGAAUCAAUGGCUCUUAACACCCAGCAGGGAAUAUGCCACCAAGACAAGAAUUGGGAUCCGGCGUGGGAAAACUGGCCAAGAACUCAAGGAGGCAGCAUUGGAACCAUCAAUGGAAAAAAUACUUAAAAUUGAUCAGAUGGGAAGAUGGUUUAUCGCUGGAGGGGCUGCUGUUGGUCUUGGAGCAUUGUGCUACUAUGGCUUGGGAAUGUCUAAUGAGAUUGGAGCUAUUGAAAAGGCUAUAAUUUGGCCUCAGUAUGUGAAGGAUAGAAUUCAUUCUACCUAUAUGUACUUAGCAGGAAGUAUUGGUUUAACAGCUUUGUCUGCCCUGGCAGUGAGCAGAACUCCUGUUCUCAUGAACUUCAUGAUGAGAGGCUCUUGGGUGGCAAUUGGUGCAACCUUUGCAGCCAUGAUUGGAGCUGGAAUGCUGGUACAAUCAAUACCAUAUGACCAGAGCCCAGGUCCAAAGCACCUUGCUUGGUUACUACAUUCUGGUGUAAUGGGUGCGGUGGUGGCUCCUCUGACAAUAUUAGGGGGCCCUCUUCUCAUCAGAGCUGCGUGGUACACAGCAGGCAUCGUGGGAGGCCUCUCCACUGUGGCCAUGUGUGCGCCCAGUGAGAAGUUUCUGAACAUGGGAGCACCCCUGGGCGUGGGCCUUGGCCUCGUCUUUGUAUCCUCAGUGGGAUCUAUGUUUCUUCCGCCUACCACUGUGGCUGGUGCCACUCUGUACUCAGUGGCAAUUUAUGGUGGAUUAGCUCUUUUCAGCAUGUUCCUUCUGUAUGAUACGCAGAAAGUAAUCAAGCGUGCAGAAAUAGUACCAGUGUAUGGAGUUCACAAAUAUGAUCCCAUCAAUUCGAUGCUGGGAAUCUACAUGGAUACAUUAAAUAUAUUUAUGCGAGUUGCCACUAUUCUAGCAACCGGAGGCAACAGAAAGAAGUGAAGUGACUCAGCCUCUGACUUCAUUAGUGCAUCAGAUAUCUUGCUUGUUUGAUAGGGACAGGUAUUCAUUAAAUAGUUUGUUCAAGCAGCUUUUGUUGAAGUUUAGAAGAUAAGAACUUAUCAUCAUGUUUCAAAUGUUCCAGUAAUGUGAUGCUCAAGUCUGCUUUUCUUCUGGAGAAUAAAUUCAGUAGUUCUCUUCCAAAUAAGUACACAUGUCCAAUUCUCAUGUUUGAGUAUUCUAAAAUAUUCUAAUGAAGGUGAAAACUGAGGUUUGUGUUGUUAGAAUUUAAGUGUUUUAUUUAUUUUUAAAUUUAUUUGGUUAAGUAAAAAUUAGCAAACUUGUAUUUACCUGCAUGUAUUUUGGAAUGCAGGAUAUUGACAAGUAAUGUCAUGAGUGAUGUAGAGGUUUGGUAAAGGGGCCAGAGGGAAGUAAAUGGUCACCUACGAGCUUUCUGUGACCACUUAGAACUUAGGACUUGUGUAGUUGGUGGUGAGCCAGUGAGAGGGCUCAGGCUGUUUGGAAACAAACAAGGCAUUAUUUUUAACAUUCGUCAGCUGAACUUAUCAAAAGAACAUAAAACAAAGACAUAGGUGAUGCAUUUUCCUGCUGUUCCUUUUAAUGCUCUCUUUAUAACAUACAUGUGAUCAUGUUUGGCUUCUCAUUUGUUUGCCAUUGUUCUGACAGUCCAGAAUUUUAAUCAUACGGAGAAUUCCUUAUGUAUAUAAUAUAUGUGUAAGUUUUACUUUUGAAUCUUCUAGAACAAAAUAUCCUUAAAAUAUCUUCUCAGGGUGAAAUAUGCAAAGCCUGAAAAUUGUUGUAUUUUCAAGUAUACAAACAAUAUGUUCAUAAUUGCUGAAUUUUUUUGCACAUUUAUUGAAAUGUUUAAUGGAAUACACACUCACCUUUCUCAUCAAGCUUUGAAGCUUUUAUUAGAAAAGGCUGUUUGUGACUUAAACUUGUGAUUAGGAAAGCAGUUUUUCUCGUAAGACUUGGUUUCUUGCAUUCCCUCUCAGACUAAGCACUAGAGAAAAGGAAAGCAAAGCUAGUCAUUCUUCAUGAACUAUAUUAAUCAAAAAUGUAAUGGGCAGAGUGCUUCAUUAGAGUGUCCUCUAGCAGAAUUUUCCUUCUCUCAUGCAUAGACCAUUACUUAACUCUCUUGUGACAUUUGUAAACUUUUUGAUAACAGAAGAGUUAUUUUUGGAAGUUCCUAAUGAAUGAAAUAAGAGUGUAUGAUUAUUGAGAUGAUUGUUGUUCUUGAUAAGCAUUUAUUACAGUAAUCCAGAAAUAAGUAUUCUAAGCACUUCACAUUACAUAGGAUGCCUAUUUUUGAGAUAAUAAAGGUUCCAGCCAGAUGGUG